UAUGUUUCUCAAUUUCCUAGAAAAUGUUCGGAUUCGAAGCUCUUACCUUCAACAUUCAUGGAGGUUAUCUUGAGGCGAUCGUGAGAGGUUACAGGUCUGGAAUGCUCACUGCGGCUGAUUACAAUAACUUGUGCCAGUGUGAAACCUUAGAGGACAUCAAGCUGCACCUCUCCGCCACCGACUAUGGUCCUUAUCUCCAAAAUGAACCUUCCCCGGUGCAUACAACGAUGAUCGUGGAGAAAUGCACACUUAAACUGGUCAAUGACUAUAAGCACUUGUUAUGCCAAGCUACAAAGCCUUUGUCAACAUUCCUAGAGUACAUCACAUAUGGCUACAUGAUUGACAAUGUUGUCCUUAACUCCUUAUUGUUACUGGCACCUUGCAUGGGAGAGAUGUUUGGGAACUGUUGGACAAAUGCCACCCUUUGGGCAUGUUUGAAAGUUGCUCACAAUAUGCAGGAGCUUUAUAGAUUGGUGCUUGUUGACACACCUCUGGCUCCGUAUUUCUCUCAAUGUAUUACGUCUGAGGUAUCGCCUGGUACACUUCUUUAUCUCCUUUUUGAUUAACAUGAGAAUUGCUUGUCUGACUUCAGGAAAAAUAUUACUUUCUGAAAAGACAUCAGGAGAAUAUUACUUGCAAACCUUCCUUUCCUCUAGCUGAUAUUUCUUAGAAUCUUGUGCUUUCCAAUGGUGGUUGUAAAUAACUAAUGGGUUCAUAGACCAAAGAUGCCAUCUAUUUAGCAUUAUGGCCUGUGCAUGGUUGGAGGGCUGGUUUAUUGUAAAACUAUAUGUAGAGGCAAAGAGAUUUAGAACUCUUCUUAUUCAUUUGAUUGACAUCAAGAUCAUAGUUUUUUUUUGGUCAGGCACUAACCCGCGACCUUAAGGUCCAAUAGUGGGAACGGUGGCCAUUAGGCCAACCGCUAACCUCACAUCAAGAUCAUAGUUAGUAACCAAUGAUAAUAGUAUUAGGUGAAUUUCUUUUGUUGUUUUCUUGUCCAUAGUAUCAGGGGGAUUCUGUUGGUUUUCCUUUGUACCUAGUUGGUACUUUCUGUAGGACUUGGAUGAAAUGAACAUUGACAUUAUGAGGAAUACACUUUACAAGGCAUAUCUUGAGGAUUUCUACAUGCUUUGUCAGGUGAGGGUUGGUAGCCCAAUUUCCAGUUUUU